AGGCACUCCUGUACGAGAUGCUGCCAAGGUAUGUGGCAGAACAACUGAAAAGAGGCAACAAAGUCGAGGCUGAGAGUUUUGACUUUGUCACAAUUUACUUCAGUGACAUUGUUGGUUUUACUGCCAUGUCAGCAGAAAGCACACCACUUCAGGUUGUGGAUUUUCUCAACGAUUUGUACCUUUGCUUUGACUCAACCAUUGAGAACUACGAUGUGUACAAAGUGGAGACUAUUGGAGAUGCUUACAUGUGGUGAGUAAGUGGGCUUCCAGUGCGCAACGGAGACAACCACGCGGCAGAGAUCGCUUCAAUGUCGCCACUACUCGAAGCCGUCAAGAGAUUCCAGAUCAGGCAUCGGCCUUCUGAAAUCAUGCUCCGCAUCGGAAUACAUUCUGGACCAGUAUGUGCCGGAGUAGUGGGUCUUAAAAUGCCUCGCUACUGUCUAUUCGGAGAUACCGUCAACACUGCUAGCCGUAUGGAAUCAACUGGAGCUGCCCUUCGAAUCCACUGCAGUUCCCAGUGCAAGGCCCUUCUGGACCGCCUACAGGGCUACAGGUUCGCUGAACGAGGUUUGGUGGGCAUGAAGGGAAAAGGAGAGGUCCUCACCUAUUGGCUGUUAGGCGAGGAACCAGAAUGGCGACAGGCUCGCAGCGACGAACGACGCCGACGCCGCUCGGAAGCCAACGCGAGACACUGUGCGUCGCAACACUGUGUCUCGCGACACUGUGCCUCGCAACACUGUGCCUCGGCACACUUUGCCUCGCAGCACCGGAAGUCGAUUCGCAACAAGACGGAACUGAACGGAUGUCCGCCCGGCGUGCCUCGCAGUUCGCUUAAGAAUCGCAACUCAAGCAGUUUUGGGUCGCCUUACAGUAUCAGGUGCAAUUUGUCCAG